AUGGGCUGCGUUAUGUUGGCACCUAUGGAACUCUCAGAUUCCUCACUGCUGCGCCAGCCGCUGAAGGUUCGCAUAAUUUACCAUUGCUCUGCUGCGCCUUCUAUGCUCGGCCGCAAGCUGUGCACAAAAUUCCCCCGACCUCCUGCAACUGCAAGUCGCAUGUUCGCUUGCAUGCUUCGGCCUGAGUGUCACCCCUUUCCCACACCAAGUUCUGCACGCAGCGCGCCCUUGCGCUCUUUGCCCAUGUUGACCGCAGCGCCGUGGCAACUGCCCUGCCGAAGGGAGAGCUCCAGAACUCAUCCAAGGAUUCCACCAAUCUUUGAAGACCUGCCGGGUUCCGAGAACUGGUGCCGCCCCUGCCACUUCAUCGGCUUUGGCUGCGGGCAAUGCAAGCCAUUUGCCCCAGCCAUCCCCCUGAUGCCUCCGAGGGACUGCACGCACCAGCCUGCGCAUCCUGAGCCUCCGCCUGCUGCGCAAGCUUCCAGGUGUGCGGUUUGUGGUUUCGGCGGGGCAACGCGGAUGAGCGACCGGAACGUCGGCUUCCAUAAUCUGGCGCUGGUGCUCGCUGCAGACCAAGUCUGGAGUGUCGAUCCACCAGACGAGAUCCGGCUCCAGGGCUUGCUGUCCGUCGCACAGAACCUGGUUUCCACCCCUUGGCUGGCAUACCUCCUUCGCGAGACGUGCUACGACAUGUCUGAGCUCGUGAUUGUGGGCUGGAGCUUUGGCAAUCAUUUCGCAUGCCAUGCUUCGCGGCAGUUGGAGGCUGCUGGAAUACGCCUGCGCGGUAUAUGCACGUUGGAUGAUCGGGCUUCGAAACCCGCGCACGACGAGUUUGACUGGGAGUUCGUUGCCCAGACUCGGCCUCGCGUGCGCCUUCUUGCGGUCGCCAUGGAGUUUAUCAGUCCGAUGAAGUUUGUGAGAAAAGAGUUCGGCCUCGAUCCUGUUCGAUUCUUUGGGGCCAACUACGAGAUGGCCGCGAAGCGCGCUCUGACCUUCGCGACAUCGAUGAAAAUUUGGUUCGACGAAUCCGCCCACCACAGCAUCGCAGCGGUCGAUGUGUGGGACAUCCGUGAACGUCUCCAUGCACACUGCCGUCCGUCGCGGCGACGUCGCAGGCGGCUUCCAAGGGUUGCACAAAGACGAUCCUGGCCGGGGUGCUUACCAUCGAGACACCAAAGGUGCAUCGACGACUACUUCGGCCGUGCCGUGACAGUCAUUGAGCUGGAGUGCAUGGAGGCUGUGAGCGGGAGAGAGCUCGGCAAGAGGCUGACAGCCGGCUGA